AUGAAGAUAUUGCUGAUUCUAUUUGUCCUAAUCCUUUGGACUGAAACAUCAGCUGACCAGAGCCCAGGGCCAGGCCCUGAGUAUGCAGAUGUCCUGUUUCUGGUGGACAGCUCUGAUCACCUGGGAACUAAGUCAUUCCCAUUUGUGAGAACAUUCAUCAGCAAAAUGAUCAACAGUCUCCCCGUAGAGGCCAACAAAUAUCACGUGGCCCUGGCCCAGUACAGCAAUGAGCUCCACAAUGAAGUCGAACUGAGCACCUUCAAGAACAAGAACCCCAUGCUGAACCACCUCAAGAACUUUGAGUUCCUUGGUGGGUCCCUGCGGAUAGGAAACGCUCUCCAGGAGGCUCACAGGACCUAUUUCUCUGCACCCACAAACAGGAGAGACAAGAAAAUGUUUCCCUCCAUUUUGGUGGUCCUGGCUUCAGCUGAGUCUGAAGAUGAUGUGGAAGAGGCUGCUAGGGCUCUGCAGAAUGACGGGGUGAGAAUCAUCUCCGUGGGGGUGCAGAAAGCUUCGGAGGAAAACCUGAAGGCCAUGGCCACGUCUCAGUUUCAUUUCCACCUGCGGACGGUCAGAGACCUCAGCACUUUUUCCCAAAACAUGAUGCAGAUCAUCAAGGAUGUAACUCGGUACAAGGAAGGAGAAAUUGAUGCUGAUAUAAAAAGCUGUGUGGACACAAAAGAGGCCGAUCUCUAUUUCCUUGUUGAUGGCUCAGGCAGCAUCAAGACAGAACAUUUUGAACUAAUCAAAGAAUUUAUGUCAGCGGUGACAGAGAUGUUUAGCAUUGGCCCAGACAAAGUCCGGGUUGGAGCUGUGCAGUACUCAUAUAAGAAUACAGUGGAAUUUGAUAUUGGUGUCUAUUCUAAUGAUGUUGACUUAAGGAAGGCUAUUUUUAACAUCAAGCAGCAAGGAGGUAGAACUUACACGGGGGCAGCCCUGGAUUUCAUGCUGCCGUUACUAAAGGAGGGAAAGAAGCCUUGGCCAUUUGACGUUCCCUCUUACCUCAUUGUGCUGACUGAUGGGAGCUCUGAUGACGGAGUCCUGGAACCUGCGGAGAGACUAAAGGCUGAAGGGGUCACCAUCUAUGCAGUUGGCAUUGGGGAGGCCAUUAAAACAGAACUGCAACAAAUUGCUGGGAAAGAAGAAAGGGUUACCUAUGGGCAGAACUUUGAUUCUUUAAAAAGCAUAAAAAAUGAAAUUGUUCGCAGCAUCUGCACUGAAAAAGUGUUCGGUGCCAAUAGGACUCAGCUAGAGGAGAUCAGUGGGGAUGGCAACUUGGUUUUCCAAGUUGAGAACUUUGAUAUUCUAAAGGCGAUAGAAAGUCAACUCAUCGUUCGCGUGUGCACUCUCUCUGUCUGUAACCUUCAACAAGAUGUGAUUUUCCUUUGUGAUGCCUUGACUACUGUAUCUGAUUGGGACUUCGCUACCAUGAAAACUUUCUUGUCAGACUUCAUUGAUAAUUUUGACACUCAGUCAGAAAGAAUCAGAAUUGGAAUGGCUCAAUUUGGGAGCCGCUACCAGGAAAUUAUUGAUUUGAAAAGCUGUUGGAAUAAAACCCAGAUGAAGACUCAAAUUGAAACUACUGCCAAGAGCAAUGGGUCUCAGCGAAUUGACAUUGCUCUUCAACGUGUGAAAUAUAUGUUUGACUCAUCUGCUGGUGGGAGAAGAAAUGCUGGUGUCCCUUAAACUUUGCUUGUUAUCACAUCUGGGCAUCCGGUCUAUGAUGUGACAGAUGCAGUUAAAACACUGAAGGACCGUGGAAUUUGUAUCCUGGCUUUGGGCAUCGGAGAUUUUCCUAAAGAACAGCUUCUGCCAAUAACAGGCAGAUCUGAAAAAAUAGUUACCUUUCCAGACUUCAAUAAAUUAAAAGAUGUGAAUGUGAAGAAAAGGAUGGUCCGUGAGAUCUGCCAGAGCUGUGGGAAAAGCAAUUGCUACAUCGACAUAGUGGUGGGGUUCGACAUUUCCACUUCCCUGCAGGGGCAGCGUUUAUUCCAGGACCGCUCCCGGCUGGAGUCAUACCUCCCAGACAUCUUACAGGACAUCAGUUCCAUCAGAGGGGUGAGCUGUGGGGCAGGCGCAGAGGCUCAGGUGAGCGUGGCCUUUAAGGUGAACAAUGAGGACGCAUUCGCCUCCAAGUUCCACAUCUACCAGAAAGCAAUAUUUGACAAGCUGAGACAGGUCACCGUCAAUGGACCAACUCAUCUCAACACUCAGUUCUUGCGAUCGCUGUGGGACACAUAUGAGAAUACUUCUGCAACCCGGGGACAGAUACUCCUCAUCUUUUCAGAUGGUCUCCAGGGUGCUAGCAUUGAAAUGCUUGAAGAUCAUUCAGACAGGAUCAGAGAAGCAGGACUUGAUGCUCUGCUGGUGGUCUCUCUAAAUGGAACUGCUUAUGAUGAGUUUUCCAGCUUUGAAUUUGGAAAAAGAUUUGAUUACCGGACUCACCUGACCAUUGGGAUGAAAGAGCUGGGCAAAAUGCUCUCACAGUACCUGGGGAACAUUGCAGAGAGGACAUGCUGCUGUACCUUUUGCAAGUGUUCAGGGCCUCCAGGACCUUGUGGGAGCCAAGAACUAAAAGCCUCCAAGGGCAGCCCAGGUUUCAGAGGUCCCCCUGGGGAACAUGGGGAGAAGGGUUUCCCAGGGGAUCCUGAUGAUCAAGGACAAAACAAUAACAUCAAAGGACAAAAGGGCUCCAAAGGAGAGCAAGGAGGACAAGGAAGAGAAGGCCAACGGGGACUCCCAGGUGUCCCGACGGCUGGUCUCUUUGUGAGGAGGCAUCAAGCAGUUGUUGGAACUGCCAUGAAGAAAAGUGAAACCCUUCUCAUGGGUUUUCUGAGAAUUGCUGCAGCAUCAACAUUUGUGUCUCCCAUUUCCUUUCAGGGAUCUCCGGGACUAGUGGGACCUAUAGGGAGCAUUGGAAGACCUGGACUUGUGGGCAAAAAAGUAAGUGUUACUAUAACUAUUGGUGAUGUUGGCAAUCCUGAAAUGACUGGGGGUCCCGGACCCAAAGGAUUCAGGGGACUAACACUCGGUGUAGGCUUAAAAGGUGAAACGGGAUCUCCAGGAUCCCAAGGCCCUCCUGGACGAAGAGGACCUAAAGGCAUGGCUGCGCAGCCUGAACUUUCUCAGUGUGCUCUGAUCCAGUUCCUGCGGGAGCACAGUGCUUGUUGGAAAGAAAGGUGUCCAGUGUAUCCAACAGAGCUGGUAUUUGCCCUGGACCAGUCCUACGACAUCACAGAACAGAGCUUUAAUAAAACAAGGGACAUCAUCACUUCCAUUGUCAAUGACUUGAAGAUCAGGAAAAAUAAUUGUCCUGUGGGAGCAAGAGUUGUUGUGGUUUCCUAUGACUCAGACACCAGCUAUCUCAUCCGUUGGUCCGACUAUCAUAGCAAGAAGCAACUCCUCCAACUUCUUUCUCGAGUAAAAUAUCGAAUCCCCGCACAGGCCCAAGACAUUGGCCAUGCGAUGAGGUUUGUGGCCCGGAAUGUAUUCAAGCAGACAUAUGCAGGAGCCAAUGUGAGGAGAGUUGCUGUGUUUUUUAGCGUUGGCCAAGCAGCCAGCAAGUCGCCCAUCUUCACAGCCACCAUGGAGUUUAGCGCCCUUGAUAUCAGUCCAACAGUCUUCACUUUUAAUGGAAGAGUUUUCCUUGAUGAGGCUUUUGGGUUUGACAACACUGGAACAUUUCAAGUGAUUCCAAUUCCACCAGAUGGGGACUAUGAUCCAUUAGAAAGAUUCUGCCAGUGUUCACUUUGCUAUGAUAAAUGUUUUCCAGAGACUUGCAUCAAAGAGAUUUUUUUACCUGAAAAUUCAUACAUGGAUGUGGCCUUCCUCUUAGACAAUUCUCAAAAUAUAGCAAAUGAUGAGUUUAAGGCCAUGAAGGCAUUGGUAAGCUCAAUGCUUGACAACUUUGACAUUGCUUCAGACCCUUCAGCUUCAGACUCUGGUGAUAGGAUUGCCUUGCUGAGCUAUUCUCCUUGGGAUAGAAGACAGAAGAGUACAGUGAAAACAGAGUUUGAGUUUACAAGUUAUAACAACCGAAUCCUAAUGAAGAGGUACAUCCAGGAUUCCCUCCAACAGCUGCAUGGAGAAGCCACCAUUGGCCAUGCCCUACUGUGGACCAUGAAGAAUCUCUUUCCAGGAACACCUAACCUAAGAAAAUACAAGGUCAUCUUUGUGGUCUCAGCUGGAAAAAAUCUUGAGAGAAAGGAAUUCUUGAAGAAGAUGGCUCUGAGGGCCAAGUGUCAAUGCUAUAUCAUAUCUGUGAUUUCCCUCGGUUCUACACAUAAGGACGACAUGGAGGAUUUAGCCAGCUACCCACUUGAACACCAUCUGGUACAGCUUGGGAGGAUUCAUAAACCAGAUCUGGAUUAUAUUGUGAAGUUUAUUAAGCCAUUUGUAUACUCAGUCAGACGAGAAUUUAAUCAGUAUCCACCACCAAUGCUUGAGGACGCCUAUAAACUCAUCAAUUCAGAAGGAAAGGAUUUUCAAAAUGGCCACCUCCAAUUUAUUGGCGAGCCACAUGAGGUGUCUUCAGGAGAGAACAGCUUUUUUGAGAUGGAAUUAAAUGCUGGGGGAGACUCGUCUUUUGUGUUGGAGGACAAUGGAAGUGACCAUUUGGUUUACAUUCCAAGCAAAAUAGUUAAGCCACAGAAAUUAAUUAGUAAAUACGAAAAUGAUCAAGUUCCUGAAGAAAUGGCAAAUCUCACUUCUGGACAUGAAAAUCAUGGCAGAAAAGAAGAACCAGGUCCUAUUUAUGAACCUAAAAAUUUCUCUCUUCAAGACUUUUACAUGGACGUGGCUUUCCUCAUAGAUGCUUCGCAUAGAGUAGGACAUGAUGAGUUUAAGGAAGUGAAAGCUUUUAUAACCUCUGUGCUUGAUUACUUUCAUAUUGCCCCAGAUCCUCUGACCUCCACCUUAGGAGAUAGAGUGGCAGUCCUGAGCUACUCUCCUCUGGGCUAUAUGCCCAACACUGAAGAAUGCCCAGUCUACCUGGAAUUUGAUUUGGUUACUUAUAACAAUAUAUACCAAAUGAAACAUCACAUCCAAGACUCUCUUCAACAGCUCAAUGGAGGUGUUUUUAUUGGCCAUGCUCUGCAGUGGACAAUUGACAAUGUCUUUGUAGGAAUCCCCAACCUGAGGAAAAACAAAGUUAUCUUUAUAAUAUCUGCUGGUGAAACCAACCCUUUAGACGAAGAAGUCUUAAUGAAUGUAUCUCUGAGGUCCAAGUGUCAAAGCUACUCCAUAUUUGUGUUUUCCUUUGGUUCUAUACACAAUGACAAGGAAUUAGAAGAGUUAGCCAGCCACCCAUUGGAUCAUCACUUAGUCCAGCUUGGCCGAAUUCACAAGCCAGAUUACGACUAUAUCAUCAAGUUUGUCAAGCCAUUUGUCCAUUCAAUCAGACAUAAGUCGUUCAAGCUUUUCUCUACUUUUGCUUUUGCAAUAGAUUCAAUGUCUCUGCGUACAAUCUAUCACUUUCUUCCUGAGGUGUAUGAAAUAGCGUCAGAAAACUAUGAGCCAUUCGGUGAAUCUGAUUCCCAGGAGGAGAAGUUCCUUGUAUUAGGGAGCAAUCAUAGUGAUGGUUCUGGAACCACUAAUGAUUUGAUCCAGAAAUUAUACAUGCUCUUUGCAACUGGAGAAUUGAUGAUGAAAGACAAGGAAGAGGCACAUUCAGAAGAAAUGACAGCUUCAGAGAAUCAUAAACAAAGAAGAAAAAAAGGUAACCUUGAGUACAACAGAGUUGUGAAGUACCUCAGUUUGUUUGGACUUUCUCUGGUGAAGGAUGAGCAAUGA